AUGACUGCAGUUCUUAGGAGCAAGACAUACUUGGAUUUUAAAGUACCUAAUAAAAAGUAUACCUACGUUUACUUUAAGAUGGUAGAAGCGCAAUUCUGGCAAUUAAAACAUUAUUUAGGUUUUCGUCUGAAAAAUGAUGAUAUAAUUUUACCAUGGUCCGUUGUCUACGAUGAUUGGCAAGUUUCUUUGAAUCGUAUUGCACAAAAUACAAUUAAGAAAAUUCCAGGCUGUAUAACCGUAUUCUGUAAGGAACUCCUUAAUAUCUGUAAUACCUUUGAAGGAUCCGAAAUACGGCAAAGAUGUGAGGAGUUGUAUGAUGAUUUUUAUCAACGGAACCUUGACAAGCAGAUUGCAGAGAGAAUUCGGCUCCUUGACACAACCGUAUUCUCUGAACAUAAAUUUUCAGAAUUUCUACGAGCAUCGAGCAAAAAACGGACAGGAGAGAAUAACGAAGCCUCGUCGAGCGGAAAACGAGUUCGUCAUGUAGAUCACGCGGAUAAUUUCGUACCUGAAUUGUUCCAAAAUCACGAAGAAAAUGAGGAAGUCUUAUCUUCUGACGUUGAAUGUUCUAAUAGAAAACAAGAUGAUGAUGAAUCUAUUUUGAAAAUCUUUGGAAAUGAGAUUGAAUACUCAGAGACAAUGAAGGGCAUCUAUCUUGAACAUAAAAAACACUAUCCUGGUAAUACCAUAAUUGAUUUGCGACCAAGGUCUAAAUUUUUCAAACAACUUUCUAAUAAAGUUGUCCAAGAUUAUAAUCAAGAAAUUGAGCAGAAAUCAGGCAACCUGAUUCCAGAUAAUAAGCUGAAUGGCAGGAUAAGAUUGAUGACUUUCAAUCUCCAAAAAAACGAUGAUAAACCAAAUAGUGAUGAUAAACUGUUAGUGGCGACAAUAAGAAUAAUACGACGUACGUUACCACAAUUUAUAAAGGCAUUUUCUCUUGGCGCAUUUAAUCCUCUGCAAGACAUUAAAGCAAUAGAAAAACCUCAUUUAAAUUCAUACGUUCAUCCAUGCCUGGAAGCAGCACUAUGGCAUGUUGCACGAAUUAAUUAUAUAUUUGGGGAGAUUCCUUCUCAAAACCAUGUGAAGCGAGAAUGUGCCGAUGGUGCCGGGUAUAUGACGGGCGCUGAUAAAUUCCAAUUAAUAUAUGUGGAAGGGGCAAGGCCUAAGGCGAAGGAAAAUAAAGAAUUGGCAGAUGCAGAAAAAAUUGCAAGGAAUUUAGAAACGAUGUUUGCAUCAAUUGGUAGAGAAACCAUUAACAAUAGAAGGCGUAUCCCAAACGGAAUGGCUGUCUUCGGAGGACAGAGCGAAUUCUGUUUACAUGAAAUUGAAAAUGCAAAUCUUCCUCGAGAUUUUACUGAGAUGGCAGACUUUGUGUGGUAUUAUGAAUGCAUUUUAAAAUGGGCA